GUAGUCUGCAUGGCUAUCGCCAGUCAGCCACGGAAGUAACCGUUGCCGCGAGCCAGUAACUGCAUCGUAUGUAUGAUAGCGAAAGGGACGAUGAGGACGGCUGCGGCGGUCGGUAACACGCCCCUCCAGCUUGAAGGCGGUAGCGGUCACAGCGGCGGCGGUCUUGCUCGCACCCCCUCUCUCUCCCCCCUCGUUCUCCUUAUCUCUCUCUCGCUUUCGCGCCACGCCAUGAACAGUGGGCCGGUGUCGCUGAGCGAGAUGCGAGAGACCGUGCUGCCUGACCGAGGAGAAGCUGUUGCGAACGAGAAGAGAGCAGGCCACUGUAGUUUGCCUGUUUGUCCGACUAUAUAGCUAACGAGACGAGAAAGGAACUGCUGCUGCUGCUGCUGCUGCUGCUGCUACUGCUACUAGUGCCGCCGUCGCCGCUGUUACUACUGCCGCUACUAGCCAGGGCAAGUCUACUGCUGCUGCUGUUAGCUCAAAUAUUUACGCGUGUUGAGUUCAAACAUUCGGGAGCGGGAUCUCGUCGCAGCACCAAGCGCUCCCGUCCGCACGCAGGCCAGCAAGCGCGUUGACCUUAACCGAAAAUUAGACUUAAUACGAGUGGAGUGGAUCAAACCGGAACGAAGCACAGUGACUGUCCCGCUGAAGAGAUAGACUGAAAUAGUGCCUGUGACCGUUUGUCGAGCUAAAUCGUUACGCUGUGCAUUUCUUAGCUUAUCUACCGCCGGCAGUGGUCACCGACACCCCAGUGGAACGUCUUCUUCCGACGCUUGCGUGGCGUCCUGUUUAUCGACAGCAUAAACAUAGUCGGUUGGCUUAAGUCGACGGCGGUUCCGACGGCUGGGGCAGUCGCCGCCACCUUGCAGUCUUCCGUCGUUGAUGUAUCUCACACGACACGACGUCGUGUAUACACAGCGACGUGAACACUCAGUCACGCACGACACACACAGCCGCGCACAAUACUACUUUUGUAUUUACCUGCAGCGAUCAUCAUAAUAAUAACAAUAUUAGGAUUCAACGUGCGAAUGCGAGACGCAAAUGUAAAUGCUAUUGUGACUUUGUUUAAGUGUGUGUGUUGAUCAUUGUCAUCAUCAGCAUCAUAAUAAUUGUUGUCGUCGUCGUCGUCGCCGUUGCCGUGAUUUAACGAAGGCCAGCGACGCCGGCGACGGCGGCGCUUCAAUGCCGUUCAAGUGCCCUUUGGUUCCGUAGGUCAAUGUGCGCGUAUUGAUAUUAAAGUUUAUUCGUUUGCAUCGUGGACGUCACGGUCUUCCAACGAUUCGAGGUGAUUAGUUGUAAAUUUGACAAAACGCUACCCUAUUGUUGCCAACCGACGACAAUCACGAGGUUAUUUCGCGCAAAAACUGACCCGUUUGCCACCGUCCUCUACCUUAACGACGCAGCUUGCGUGUCAAAAUGAUGAUUAAACGUGAAACCGAGGACAGUCCUCAAAGAGGCGACCUCAUUUCAUCUGUCCCUUCAGUGCCUACAAUGACUCCUGUGCCGUGUAUGGCCACCUCGAGCGGACCUUCGAUGCUUCCCUCCGUUGUGCCUGCACCAGCCUCCAGUUCUUGCACAUCGCCACUUUCUCUAAUGGUCGAAAAUUAUCUUCCACACCCGAUGAAUGGCCUACAUCUGGACUACUCGCAACAUAGCAGUGCGAUACAAUCUAUUUAUCAUGAAUACAUUAAUUCGCAGGUAAGCAGCACUGCCCUUGCCGAAGUUCCGGACGGCCCAACUGCACAAGUGCCUGAGGAUAAGCCAGGUACGGGUGGUGCGGUUGCCAAUGGUAAAGCUAAUAGCGGUAGCAGCAGUGGAGGUGGAAAAAAGAGCGAUUCGAAUUCGCAACGAAGGCAGGAAAAACCGCCGAUCUCUUACAUCGCGCUCAUUGUCAUGGCAAUACAAAGUUCACCUACUAAACGGCUUACUCUUAAUGAAAUUUACACCUUUCUUCAGCAGCGAUACAGCUUCUUUCGAGGUUCUUACACGGGCUGGAAGAAUAGCGUUCGGCACAAUUUAUCACUUAACGAGUGCUUCCUCAAAUUGCCGAAAGGCUUAGGCCGGGCCGCGAAGGGCCAUUAUUGGACAAUCGACCCCAGCUCGGAGUUCAUGUUCGAGGAGGGCUCAUUUCGCCGACGGCCACGUGGUUUCCGUCGAAAGUUCCAGCUCAUGAAGCAAUCGUACACCAAUGGAGCCAGCCAUGUAGCAAACCCACCCGCGGUGGCCGCCGGCGUUACACCCAUAGCCACGGGCCCAGCCGCGGCAGCUGCUAUAACACCUGUCGCCAACUAUUAUCCCGAAGUGCAAACAACUCAGCCAUCAAUGUAUACCAGCACUGGAUGUGAUAUGGUAGCCAGUUAUACUGCUGUAGCCGCAGCGGACUAUGCAGUCUACCAAAACGGUUAUCCGUCUUACCUUGGUUCAAUGGGAUCCAAUGUCAAUACUGAUUACUACCCAGCUACAGUUAACUCAACCGUGCCAACAAUGAAUUACGACUAUAUGAAAACCGCAAGUCUCCCAUCAAUAGUUUCAGGAUAUGAAAAUGGUACCUCAGUUGGAAUUAUGGCGUCAGCCGGUGGAGGCGGCGGCGGUGGUGGCUAUCAGGAGGUACCACAAGACUAUAAGGACUACUCAAAGAUGAUGGAGGCACAAAUGUCGUCGCCUCUUACCAUUGUCGGCCAAGAGAACGCCGUGCAAGAUGGGGGGACCAGUGCAGGUAGCGCAACCAGCAAAUUAUUAUGUGACGAGGUGACAAGCCGUUUCUCGCUACCGUCAUCUCCUCUCGAUUCGGCAGGCAGUGGACAACCCUCUAGUCGUGAGAUCUCAUCGCCGCUGGACCCAAGCGGGGGUUCGGCCAACGUUGGUGUUCCACCCUCACAUCAACAGCAGCAACCCCCGCAGUCACAUCACCAUCAGCAACAACACCAAGCUCAUCCACAGCACCAGCAACAAACUCAGCCCCAGCCUCAUCCGACGCAGCAAAACUACUAUGCACAAAACGCGGAGCCGAGAUCUGCUGGGGUCUACGUAGAUAAAACAGAACAGCCAAUUUAUCAGCACUGUACUAGAUAGGAGGAUAACCACUAUGAGAAUUAUAAUAAUAACAACAAAACGCUAGACUAUAAUAGAUAACUGAUAUGUUACAAGGAUACGAGAGUCUUUGUCUAUAGAGCUAAGGAUGCAUUAUACAUAGAAGAACUUUCAUACACCCAUCAAAACAUGAUAUACAUGUGUAGCCUACAUUAAGCUGUAUAGAGUAGAUAACAAUAAAUGUAAUUGACUAACAUUGUCGCCUGAACGAGUGCAAACUACCAGUUCUCUCUCCUUUUUAGACGUAUUUUUGAUAGCUUGCCAAAAUCGUACAACUCCAAUAUAUCGAACUACGUAUAUCACAUUAAAUGUACAGAAUUCGAGUCCAAUUCGGUCGGUUCUGGAACUUCCAAAAGUGCCAUCUUAGCACGUAUUUUACAUCUACAUAAAAGUAGAGACUCCCAUUAAGAAUCUUCAUUAAAUAUUUACUGAUAAAUAAAUAGUUAGAAUGAUAAACAUUCAAGCAAUUAUUAUGCGAAAAAUCGAUCGAAGAGGGCAGGAACCGUCUAGUCGUCGAUCAGUAUCUUCAAACGGAAAAAAGAAUAUUAAUUAAAACUAGUAACGAUCGUUUGAUAUGCUGAUUGAAGUUGGCGUACGUUUAGGAAAUAUGUAGCGUUCUACAAAGGUUCCAUUUUUAUGUAAUCGAAUCUGGUAACUUAUUUGAGAGACGGAUAUUUACAGAUGCAAGUUCGCUACACGCGGCAUGGUAAAGCCGAGUAAUAUAUAUGCUUUUAGCAUAGCAUUAUUACGGAGCAGAGGCGUGCCAUUCUGUUAGAAACCAUUAUAUUACAAGCUACAUGUGUACUCAACUUGAGGCCUUUGAAUUGCGAUAGAAUCUAGCCUCCUCCUUGUCAUAAUAGGCAAAUACGUGCAGGACAAGCUAAGUGUUGCAAUCAAUAAAAUGAAAAUAAAAGGUAGAACAAGAGCAAUCACGCUGAUUAUGUUGCUGGCCUAAUGUAGAGAAAAGCUGAAUUUAAAUAAAUAAGAUUGUAUUUAAUAAUACGAGAGUGUUGUCAUAUCCUGUCACACUGUCAUUAUUUAGAUUUUUUUUAAUUAUCGAAUGUCAUUAGUAGGUGGAAAAUUAACGAAUGCGGCAGGAAAACCUGUAUCUGUUCUAUACCUAUUCACGUAAACAACAUAUUAUUGGACACGAUUCUUUUAGAAGCAGGGGCUC